AUGGCGCAAACGAGUACAUCCUCUCUCGCAUACACUCUCAAUGCCGAUUCCUUCGAAUUCUUGGGAUCUACAACUCCUCUCAAACCUACAGAGAGCUUUAUCCUCCCGCAUUAUGACUUCCUAUCGUUCCUUGGUGUAGCACAGCAAUCUGGGGUCAACUUUCUUCCUACCACCUGGGCCCCAGGGCUUGAUGGACUGGGUAUCGAUGGACUUGAACAGAUUGAUCUAAACCCAAGUCGCAGGUUUUCUUUUAAGCGGUUUACACCAGAUAGUAAAGAAGCGCGGACUCUGGGACUCGAAGAUGUUCAUAGUUUCUCAUGGAAGGCGCUUAUUGCUGAGAUUUUGGUACUACAACAUCCUAGAGUCCGGGAAUGUCGGAGUAUAAUUGAUUUAUAUGGAAUUAGUUGGGAUGUUCAGGUCAAUAGAAGUGGAAUACUUGUGAAAGCUUUGCCUGUGCUGGUAUUCGAGAAGCCGGUGCAUGGUAGCUUGGAUAAGUUCUUGAGAUCAAGGUCUUACCAGGCGCUGAACUUUGAGAAAAGGCUGUCGUUGUGUAGAGAUAUAGGAAGGGCUAUUGAGCUAAUGCAUUCUUUCAGCAUUCCACACGGAGAGAUAAAGCCAGAAAAGGUCCUCGUUUUUGAAGACGGCAAUGGUGGAUUCAUUGCAAAGAUCAUCGACUUUGGAUACGCUUGCUUAGGUUGUGCCGACGAAGAACCUGUACGCCUACCCUUGACACCUGAGUGGAGUUCACCCGAAUGUACAUCAGUAGAGCCCACCGUGGGCCGAGCUAAGAAGGCCGAUAUAUAUUCUUACGGGAAACUUUGUGGGUGGAUCCUUUUCGGAGACCGAGGAUCAACAUAUUCUCCAGCAUCGCUUCUUCCUCUGUCUUCCAGGGAGGACGAGGGUCAGAAUUUCGUUGUUAAGGACCAUGAGUUGGCUCGCGCGAGAUUAGCCAGCUUUUUUGGAGCCUGUUUAGAAACGAAUCCGGAUGCGAGAGCCAGCGACAUGGGCAUGUUAGUUGGGCUAGUUUCUCAGGCUCUUGAAGGGGAUGUCCAAAGGGAGGCGAUUUCUGAUGAGUUGAUUAAGUUCGAAGGUUUGAAAAGUAUCCCAAAUCUUGCACUCAAUUUUGAAGCACUCCAACAUGUCCACUGCUUCGUCCGCGUCCAAAUCGUCAAGGCGCUCACAGAUAGGGCUGCCACCUGCAAAGAUUCUGCCUUCCAACUUGCACUCUGCCACGAAUUCGCUUUCGGUACCCCACGAGAUGCGAGCCUUGUCGUUGAAUACCUCCAGAAAUGCGGGAGAUCGGCUGAAGAGCUUUCGGCGGCGGCAGAGAACAUCGUUACACAUGGCAAACUCGAUCAAGAUAUCAAAAUCACAUUCAUGCAGCAGAUAGAUCAAUUGAUCGAUGAAUAUAUCCAAACUGGUAUUCUUUCAACAGUACUAGAUAUCUACAAGUACGAAGUGGCCGGAAAGACGGAUGAAAGGGUGACCCAGUCAUCUUUAAUACUGCAGAACUUUCUGGCCGCUCUACUUUUCGAUCAGGGUCUGAUAGAGGAAGCGAUAAAGAUGCAGAGGAGUGUAUUGGAUACAACCACAGAAAGUCUAGGCGAGGGGAGCCCUGGUGCAGUCAUUGCUAUGCAGAAUUUCGUACAUCUCCUCAAGCGACAAGGACUUGUUGAACAAUUGGAACUUGAUAUCCAGAGGAAGGUGUUAGAGCAGACAGAGAAAGCUUUGGGCUUGUCGCACCUGGCUACACUUGCUGCUGCAUGGAAUCUUGCUACCAUGCUUCAGGAUAGAGAUGAAGCGGAGGAAUCGGUAUCAGCUGUACUAGAAAUGACAGAAAGGAUGAAGAGAACACUGGGGGAGUCUAAUUUCCAGACUCUUCUUGCCAUGGAACUUCUUUCGGCCAUAUUUCGGGGGCAGAAUAGAGCGGAAGAAGCACUAAAGACCAGUCAAAGUGUCCUGCAUCUUAUGAUUAAAGAACUCGGCGGAAAGCAUCCAGAAACUAUUACAUCCAUGAGCUACAAGGCACUAUCACUUUAUCAGCUAGGAUCAAUCGAAGAGUCAGUAAAACUCCAAAGACAAGUAUUCGAGUUGCGUCAAAGUAUUUUAGGCGAAGAAAACCCAGACACUAUCCGAGCCAUCACCAGCGUUGCAACUACCCUCAAGUCUCAAGGUCAGCUAGACCAAGCAGUAAAGCUGGAAGAGCAAGCUAUGGCGUCGAUAACGAAAAUCCUAGGGGAAUAUCAUCCCAAGGCUAUAUUGGCCAUGAAUUGCCUUGCUGGGACCUACCGUGAUCUAGGCCUAAUGGAUGGUACAAUCAAGAUUCAGAGACGUGUUUUGGAACUACAAACCAAAGUCCUUGGGAGUGAUCAUCCAGGCACUAUAGCAGCCAUGGAGACCCUCAUUGAAGUACUUGUGAGCCAGAACGAGUUCAAACAAGCUUCAGAGCUUCAGAGGCAGCUAUUAGAUAUUAAAAUCAGAAUACUGGGCGAGGAACAUCCAAGCACUAUUGCUGCCCUGAAUAACGUUGGGUUUAUGCUCACUCGUCAGGAUCGGGUUGACGAGGCGAUCAAAAUACAAAGACGAGUGUUGGAGUUGACAGAGAAGACACUCGUAGACAACGGCCAAAUGGACGAAGCCGUAGACACCCAGAAGAAAGUGGCCGCACUGAGAGAGAAAAUCUCAGGAAAAGAACACCCCGAUACCCUCAGGCAGAUGAACGACCUUGCGUAUAUGCUCGCUAUUCAUGGUCAAACGGAUCAGGCUGUAAUCACCCAGAAGCAGAUUCUCGAGACAUCGAAGAGUCUUUUCGGCGAAAAACAUCCAAAUACCCUUAGCGCUAUGGCCAACACUGCGUCAAUCCUGCGUAAAAAGGGGGAUGCAGACGAAGCGUUAGCAUUGCAGAUGAAGAUAUUAGAGAUCACUGUAAAGUCUGUUGGCGAGAACCACGAGGAUACCCUUAGAGCUAUGGACACAUUAGUGAUAACACUUGGUAGCCAAAAUCAAGUUGAUAAAGCCUUGGAAAUCCAGAGGAGGAUUGUGAAGGCACGAGAGAGUGUUUCUGGGGAGCAAGAUCUAGGGACGAUUGAAGCAUCAGAAUAUUUUUCACAGCUUUUGGCAAAGAAGGGGCUUUUAGAAGAAGCAUCUGAAGUUCAGGAGAAGGUCGUCAGCUUGAAAAAAAAGGUUUCCGGAGAGGAUCAUCCCGAAACGCUGACGUCUAUGAGUAAUUAUGCUUAUUUACUUGCAAGGCAAGAAAAGACUGGCGAGGCAGCAAAAAUCCAACAACAAGUGGUAGACAUGAUGACAAAGUUGUUGGGGAAGGAGCAUCCGGAAACUGUCGAUGCAAAGGGAAAUCUUGAUUUUAUGCGAGCAGCAGAAAUGAGGAAAGCUGCAAAGUGA